AUGGUCAAUGGGCCUAUCAGAUCCAUGGGAUCUAAAGAAUCAAAAGAUAUACACAACACGAUUAAACGCAUAUCUCCAAAUAGCUCAAACUCCACCAAACGAGCGUUUGAAGAAGACCCGACAACGACGUUUUUACCACCAUCACUCAGCUCGUAUAGUAUAGCCUCGCUAAAUGUUAGAAACAGGUCUCUUGGCUUUUUCACUGCCAGUUUGUCCUCAACAGCAGCUACAGCAGCAGCUACAGGAGCAGCUACAGGAGCAGCUAUAGGAGCUACAGGGAUUUAUGAAAAAGAUUUACCCACCUCAAACUCUGAAAACACCAGUAUCAAAGACAAGAUACGUGCACAUUUCUCUGGCAGCAAUCAAUCGACAUUAAACACAGACUUUGCUUCGAUGCAACCUACAUUACAACACACACGUGCAUCAAUUGAUGAAGGAGAAAACCAUUCUAGUCCCGCAUCCAACUCUUUACUCAAUACGAGCAAGGCGGAUAACAGUUUUCUGAAAAUCAAGAGAAGGCGAAUGUUUGGUAAGAAAUUGGGAUCUCCCAAACGAGCAACAGGAGAUGAGGUUAAACCGCAAGAAAAGAUGGAUUUAGAUAAAAUACCGGUGAUGGAAUUGGAGAUGCCAAUCGACAAUAAUGUGAAGGUAGAAUCACCAAGUGAUCCCACAAUUGAUGAGCUUGUCAUUCGUCGACGAGUUGAAGAAAGAAGAGAAAAAGAACGCUUGGAAAAAGAGAAAUUGGAGAAGGAAAGAUUGGAGCAACAACGACAAUUGGAGAGAGAAAAGGAAGAGCAACAGAGAGCAGAGCUCGUUCGCAUGGAACAACAUCGAAUAGAGUUGCGACGAUUGGAAUUGGAGGAAGAGGCUCGAGAACGUGCAAGAUUACAUCAGCUAAGGGAGAAAGAAUUCUUUGAACAGCGCAAAAAAGAACAACAAAGAUCUGAUAUGAAAUUGCAACCAUCUGAACAAAUGGGACAGGGAAACCGCUUUUCAAAUAACAAAAAGGAUACAUUUCUUCCAUUAAAAUCACCGUUCAAGGAUAAACGAGUGCCAUUGUCUGAUGUAUCACCAAAUGUGUUUAGAAAACCCAAAUUGCCUAAAGCUGUGGUACGGCACGACACACGACAAGAGGCACCCCAUGCACAACAAAGACAGCAGCAUCUACAACAACAACAACAACAGUCAGCGCACCAAGAACCACGCUCUCAACUCGAAAUCCAACCAUUGAAGGAUCAACACAAAUACAAUGCGCCACCAACCAAUAACACCAUGGAAGAAGAAGUCAACAACAAUGCUGCUACUACUACUACUACUACUACUGCAUCAGAGAGGAAGCGAACAGUGCAAAUAAAUGGCAAAUACUAUGAAAAAUUAGAACUACUAGGACGCGGGGGCUCUUCGAAAGUUUACAGAAUCAAAUCGGUUGCAGAUGGUCGACAAUAUGCAUUAAAAAAAGUUACUUUGAAUCAAUUUGAAAACAUGAAUAGUUUCAAGGGCGAGAUUGACUUGUUGUUGAAAUUGAGACACUCGAAAAGAGUAGUCAAGCUUGUUGACCAUGCAGUGUUUACUUCUUCCAUAUAUCUCAUCAUGGAACGAGGUGAUAUUGACCUCGCGAUAUUGUUUCAGAAUAGGAUCAGUGCAAAAUUACCUUUGGACAUCCAUUUCGUCAAAUACCAUAUCCACGAAAUGUUCAAGUGUGUAGAGGAUGUCCACAAUGCAGGCAUUGUGCACAGUGAUUUGAAACCAGCAAAUUUCCUCAUGGUUAAAGGUGUGUUGAAGAUUAUAGAUUUUGGUAUUGCCAAUGCUGUCCCCGACCAUACCGUGAAUAUCUACCGCGAAUCACAAAUAGGAACACCAAACUACAUGGCACCCGAGGCUCUUGUCGAGGCAAACUUAGUUGGUGCCAAGAACACGACAUGGAAAGUAGGAAGACCUUCUGACGUUUGGUCUUGUGGAUGUAUAUUGUACCAAUUCAUCUAUGGCAAACCUCCGUAUGCAGCGUAUUCUGGAACUCAAAGAGUGAUGGCGAUAAUGAACCCCCAGGUAAAAAUCCAGUACCCAGCAAUGGGGAUGGGAGAUGUCAAAGUACCCACAAGUGCAAUCCAAUUGAUGAAGAAUUGUCUUGCUCGAGAUCCAGGAGACAGAUGGACAAUUGAACAGUGCUUGUCCAGCGAUUUCUUUUGUCCCAAGGUUGUUAACGAGACUGUGGUGGCUAAAAUAGUACACGAGAGCAUUAAUUUUGGGUUCAACAAACGUGUUCAUGGAGAAGGAAUGUCCACGGACGACUACGAUGCAAUGGUAGACGACAUCAUCAAACAAAUAGAAGCAUGUAAUUGCUAA